ACUGUUACUAGCGGGUCUUAUUCUCUUCUUCUGUUCUAUCCUCCGACCGCAACUCCAAGUUUCACAUCCUCUGUUUUUCCGGGGCUUCGAUUUCCCGGUACCAAGAGCAACAAAGGGUCAAACUUUGCUCGAUUCUUUGCUUUAUUCGGACGCCAGAAGUCAGAGGAUGACUGAAUCGAAGGGGUAGUGCGGGUUUCGCUCAUCUCUCCUUUGUGGGUCUCUUUUGCUGUUUUCUUUUGCUCUCUUCUGCGACGUGAAUGGAUUGUUUUACAUGGCUGAAAAUUUGUAAUCUUUUUGGGCCCGCAGGAGGAAGUGGGACUAGGUGUGAGGUGGGUGUACGGUGAUCGAGGGAGAUCUUGGGGGAUUGAGGAGAUAUCAUGGAGCCUCCAAGAGGGGCUCUGGCUAAGAUAUGGAACUUCAUCUGCUUCUUGCCUUACUUCAUUGGGCUCCUGCUCUUGGGCAAUAUCAAAGGUGUUAUAAUUUGUCCCUUGGCGUGCCUUAUUAUAACAAUUGGCAACUCUGCUAUUGUAUUGGGUCUUUGGCCCCUCCACUGUUUCUGGACCUGUUAUUGUAUCCUGAGAUCAAAGCAAUUAGGACCUGUAUUGAAGCUUGUCCUUAUCCUGUGCAUGCCUAUUCCCAUGAUCUUGUGGCCAGUGGUUGGCAUUGCUGGCAGCGUCGUUGGUGGGAUAGCAUAUGGGUUUCUUUCACCAAUAUUUGCCACUUUUGAUGCUGUUGGAGAGGGGAAGACCGACGAGUUUUUCCACUGUUUCUAUGAUGGAACUUGGAGCACAGUCAAAGGGAGCUUUACUGUCGUUCGGGAUUUUAUGGAUGUUUGCUUCCACUCUUACUUAUCUUACAUGGAUGACAUUCAGCAUCAAGAGCCUGCAGUGGGUAAAUAUCAUGAGAUUAGGCUGCUGUAUCUUCCAGGUGCUGUCAUAAUUGGAGUGCUUGGAUUUAUGGUUGACAUGCUCAUUAUCUCACUCAUUGCCCUAUACAAAAGCCCUUACAUGUUCUUCAAGGGAUGGCACCGUUUGUUUCAUGAUCUCAUUGGUCGUGAAGGCCCAUUCCUGGAGACGAUUUGCGUUCCAUUCGCUGGUCUUGCCAUCAUACUUUGGCCUUUGGCGGUGGUCGGAGCCGUGUUGGCCUCCAUGCUAUCCAGCAUCUUCAUUGGUGCCUUUGCAGGAGUUAUUGUUUAUCAGGAGUCCUCCUUCUGGCUGGGGCUUUGUUAUGUCGUGGCAUCCUUGGCGAUCUAUGACGAAUACAGCAACGACAUUCUUGACAUGCGAGAGGGAUCCUGCUUUCCUAGGCCUAACUAUAGGAGGAAAGAGGCUGGGCCGCCAAAGACUUCCUCUACUGCCACUUCUUUAUCCCAGCCUGCUUCUUUUAAAAGACCUCCAGCUCACGCAGUUUCACUGAAAGACACCAUUAUUGAGUUGAAACCACUUGAGUUUCUUGAUGGCUUGUUUGACGAGUGUCAGCACUAUGGAGAAAGCAUGGUAUCUGAGGGGUUGAUAACCCCUCGAGACUUUGAAGAUGCCAAAGCGAGCAGAGGUAGUGGAGUGAUAAGCAUAGGCUUGCCAACUUAUUGCCUGCUACAAGUGCUCUUGUGUUCAGUAAAAGCCAAUUCUAUGGGUAUCUUAUUGCGUGAUAAUACUGAAGUAACAAGCACCAAUAGACCUAAAGAUGCAAUUUUUGAUUGGUUCUUCAAUCCCCUUUUGAUUAUCAAGGACCAGAUUAGAGCAGAGCACCUAAAUGUGGCUGAGGAGGACUAUCUAUGUAAACUUGUUUUACUAAGUGCUGACCCUGAAAGGUUCAAGACUUCAUAUGUAGGCCCACCUCCUGAGCCCGAGCGUAAAAGAGCCGAACUCGAAGCUUUAGCUCGAAGGCUCCGAGGGAUCACCAAGUCCAUAUCGAGGUAUCCAACAUUCAGGCGUCGAUUCGACACUCUCGUGAAGAGAUUGUCGGAGGAUCUUGCCAAGAGGAAUAUCGGAAGCAAAUCCAGCGGCGGGAGUCAAAGCAUUUCAAGAUCAAAGAGCGCCUUUGUACGAAUAUUCAGCCAAAAAUCUUUCAAGGGCGAAAAGGCUAAUGACGGGUCUGUUCAAGAGUCGCAACCCGCUCCCAGGGACGUCGGUAUUGCAUGACGAGAGCGCAAUUGGUCGUUGUCUAUGUUUUCACGAGUGCAAUAUUUUCCUUACCUUUCCCAGCCCAUUUCAGUUACGAUCAAGUGUAGUUUCUAGUUUUCCGCAGUGCGAGCCUAUUCUUUGUUUCUCAAAGAGAUCAGAAACAGACAGAUCAGAGCUAUUGUUUGUAACCUUAAUGAAAUUAUGCAGCAUGGUGUCAAUAAAGGGGAAAAGUUAAA